AGCAUAGUCUCCCGCUGACUCUAAUCGAAAACAGCAUAGUCUUCCGCUGACUCUAAUCGAAGGAUGUCAACUAUGUCUUCAACGUUGAGCUUCAGAGUUCCCUUCUCAGCUAUACCUACGCAGGGUUACCAUUUGAAACUCUCUUCGGUGAGAUUGAAGAAUUGUUUUAGGGUUCCAUCCUUUUCUUACUUUCUUGAAAAUGAAAUCAAGAAAAAUUCUUCUAAGAAUUUGUUAAAAGCUCAACGAAUAUGCUCAACAACAAAUAAUGGAGAUGCUUCUGAUAUUUCCGAUUCAUACAAGCCUUCUGCUGAUCAAGAGGAUACAAGCUCAAGGAAAAGCAAUGGAAAUAAGGAACCAAAACCAUUCGCAUUCGACGAGUUAAUGAAGAAGUUGAGAAGAUAUGGUAUUUCUGGAAUGCUAUCAUAUGGGCUUCUGAAUACUGCAUAUUAUCUUACAACAUUUCUCAUUGUCUGGUUUUACGUUGCUCCAGCGCCUGGAAAAUUGGGUUGUCUUGCAGCUACUGAGAGAUUUCUCAAAAUAAUGGCAAUGGUGUGGGCAGGAAGCCAAGUAACAAAGCUUGUCAGACUUGGAGGGGCAGUUGCACUUGCUCCUUUUGUGGAUAGAGGAUUGUCAUGGUUCACAAUGAAAUUCAAUUUUCAGACCCAAGGAAAAGCAUUUAUGGCUGUUGUUGGAUGUUGUUUUACGUUGGCUCUCCUGUUAUUUUUUAUGGUGACAUUACUUUCAGCUUAACUUGGUAUUCCGUUUUUUUUUCUCACUCUGCUUUCACUUUCCUUGGUGCGCAUAAUCUUGUUUACAAUUUGCAUAAAAGAGGCUAUGAACCAUUAUUCAAUUUUUA